UCUUAUCAGAAGAAUUCCAAUUGGAGCAGCUGAUUCCAUUUGCAUCCAGAAUGUCGCGCAAGAAUGUUUUGAGUUUGGUCAACACUAUAGUGGCUAAUUCCUGCAAGUGCCCCGCCCACUCGCAUAAUUAUGGUUCAGCCGCCCCUAUCGCCACCCAAACGGGUCGCAUGGAAUACGCUUUUGAGAUGUCUGCCUCUACAGUGCGUUUUGGACCCGGAGUAAGUGCCGAAGUGGGCGCCGAUCUUCGCAACUGGGGUGCCCAGAAUGUUUGCCUGGUUACGGACAAGAAUGUGGCCAAGUUGCCCUCGGUAAAGGUGGCUCUGGAUUCACUGGCUCGUCAUGGCAUCAACUACGAGGUGUACGACCAAACCCGAGUGGAACCCACGGAUAGCAGCAUGUGGCAUGCAGUGGAGUUUGCCCGCGGCAAGGAGUUCGAUGCCUUUUUGGCCAUUGGCGGGGGAUCGGCCAUGGACACAGCUAAGGCGGCGAAUCUAUAUAGUAGUGAUAGGCAGGCGGAGUUCCUGGACUAUGUCAACAGCCCCAUAGGAAAAGGAAAAGAGAUAUCCGUGAAACUAAAGCCACUGAUAGCUAUGCCCACCACCUCGGGAACAGGCUCGGAGACCACUGGAGUGGCCAUAUUCGAUUACAAGAAACUCCACGCCAAAACUGGAAUAUCCAGCAAGCUUCUCAAACCUACUCUGGCCAUUAUUGAUCCCCUGCACACCCUCUCCCAACCGGAGCGUGUGAUGGCCUUUGCCGGCUUUGAUGUCUUCUGCCACGCCCUGGAGAGCUUUACGGCCGUGGACUAUAGGGAGCGUGGUCCGGCGCCCAGUGAUCCCAGCCUGCGACCCACAUACCAGGGCAGGAACCCCGUCUCGGAUGUCUGGGCUCGGUUUGCUUUGACGACGAUUCGUGAUAACUUUGUGGACGCCAUUUACCAGCCGGAUAAUCUAAAAGCCCGGUCCCAAAUGCACUUGGCCUCGACAAUGGCCGGCGUGGGAUUCGGCAAUGCCGGAGUCCACCUGUGCCACGGACUUUCGUAUCCGAUUUCAGGAAAUGUCCGCAACUACAAGCCAAAAGGCUACUCUGCGGAUCACGCUCUUAUUCCACAUGGUCUUUCGGUGGUGAUCAGUGCUCCAGCGGUAUUUGAAUUCACGGCACCGGCCUGCCCGGAUCGCCACCUGGAGGCUGCCCAGCUGCUGGGCGCCGAGACGCGGGGAGUUCGCUCCGAAGAUGCCGGCCGCCUUUUGGCGGACACUGUGCGCGGUUUUAUGCAGCGUGCCGGCAUUGAAAAUGGCCUCCGGGAGCUGGGCUUCUCCAGCAGCGAUGUGCCUGCCUUGGUAGAGGGAACCCUGCCCCAGGAAAGAAUCACUAAGCUGGCACCCAGGGCCCAGACGCACGAUAACCUUUCGCAAUUGUUCGAGAAUUCCAUGGAGGUCUAUUAAUUAUUUGGGAGCUCUACUUACCCACGCUCGACUUGCUCGCUUGAUCAAAAGUUUUUAACUAACGGAAUCGGUAUCACUUAGUUGGUCACAUUUCCAAGAAGCUAUAGCUUUCAAUUUCGAAAAAAAGAACAACAAACACAGGGCCUGUUAAGUCCCCCAGAUUGUCAAUAAACUUUUGUAUAUACGUUUGAAAAAAAA